AUGGGAGUCCAAAAGAAGACACGCAAGUUCGCUCAAGUCAAGCGAGUCAUCGGCCAACGCGAUGCGCGCCUCAAGAAGAAUCAAGUCACUGGCGACGACAAGACAAAAAAGCCAUCAGAUGAAGUAGUACGACAGAUUCCACAAGCACCUUCAUCAAUGUUCUUCCAACACAACACCGCCCUCCAACCACCCUACUCCGUCCUCGUCGACACAAACUUCCUCUCCCACACCGUGCACAACAAACUCGAACUCCUGCCUUCGCUCAUGGACUGCCUCUACGCCACAUGCCGCCCCAUAAUAACCUCCUGCGUAAUGGCCGAAUUGGAAAAACUAGGUCAAAAAUACAGAAUUGCGCUCAAGAUUGCGCGCGACGAGCGAUGGGAGAGACUAGAGUGUUCGCACAAGGGAACUUAUGCGGACGACUGUAUUGUGGAUCGUGUGUUGAAACACAGAAUUUAUCUGGUUGCGACGAAUGAUAGAGAUCUCAAGAGGAGGUUGAGGAAGAUUCCCGGUGUGCCGAUUAUUAAUGUGGCCAAGGGCAAGUAUGUUAUUGAGAGAUUGCCUGAUGCGCCGGAGAAGUAA